CUCCCCGCCUGGAGGACGAAGCUGGGCUGCGGCCUCGACGCUCUUCGCUGAGGGCUGAGGGGAGCGGCCCGCGGGCGUGAAGAGCGGAGGCUGCCGGCGGGGAUGCGGCGCUGAGGGGCGGCCGCCGGCCAUGGAGGUGGGCGCCUGCUUCAAGAACUACGCGGACUUCUGCGAGAGCUUCCGCGCCUACAAGAGGGAGAACCGGCUGCACUUCGACCUCAAGAGCUUCGUCCCGGUCCGCUUCUACAACCGCAAGAACGGCACCCGCAUCCGCGAGGACGUCACGUUCAUGCAGGUGAGGUUUGUCUGUGUUCGGCCAAAGGAAUGCAGCAAGAAAAGGAAGCAGCAUCCUCACUUAUGCCCGGCAUAUUUUGUCCUGCAGUAUAACGAGGAGCUGGACCGACUGGUGAUCAGUGACCUGAACAGCAACCACAUCCAUGCCGAGUCAAAAGCUUCCUCCGCGUGCUGCGAUCCACCCCCUGUGACCAGAAUGGCUGUCCGAAUGUCUGGCCGUAAAGCCCAGGGCAGCCCUCCCACAAAGCUUCGUAGGCAGCAGCCUGCAGAGGUAGAAGGCAGCAACUUGGGCAAGGGGGUGAGUACGAAGGCCAAAGAGGACAGCCAUGCCAGGGUGAAGGUGGAACUGGAUUCGGCGGAGCCGCUGCCUCCACCACCGCACCCAGGUUCAGAAGUCACUGCAGCAGGGAAGGAAAGCCUUUCAAAUUCUGCGUUGGUUCGAAUUGGGGAAGUGAUGAAAAACUUCCUGCGGGUGGACAUGGGUUCUUUGGCCUCCAUCAGCGUGGGCAGUGACCAGGCCUUGGACAGGCUGAACUUCCAGACAAGCAAGAUGAAGAGCUUGUUUGUGAAGUUCCCGGAGAGCCUCCUGCUGCACCAGGUGCAGAGCGAGCGGGGUCGCCUGCUGUACGCUUUCCUGGUGGAGAGCAAGGACCGUGUGGGGAAGCUGGUUCACUUCGCCAUCCUGCAGGAAGACACUCCAGAGAACGCCAGGAAAAUGCUCUCUGUUUUCAAGGAGUUCAACCCAGAGUGGCAGAAAAUCAAAGUGGUCUUUGUGGACAGGUCCUUCCUCCACCGGCCCAUUCUGCAGGAGCUCUUCCCGUCCGUGCAGGUGCUGCUCUCUGUGUACCAUACUGUGCGACUCCUGGAGAAGAAGCUGAAGGAGUCCCACGCCUCCUUUUCCUUCAAGCAUAACCUGAAGCUGGCCUUGAGGGAAGCGGUCUUCUCCACCUCCAGCAGUAACCUGGGCGCCCUGUCUCAGCAGGUCAAGCGCCUGGUAGACCAAGAGCUGUACGAGUAUCUUCAGGCCAACUGGUUCUCCUGCGAGAUGCUGUGGUACAUGCAUGCCAAGAAGGGCCUCCAUUCCUGCAGCACCUACAUAGACAGCCUAGACCUCAUCACUCAGAAACUGGCUACUCUUUUCAGCGCACAGCUCCCCCUGGAGGCCAGCAUCCGUCACUUUGUGGAACACGCAGACUGCUUCAACACCAAAGGCCUGGAGCACUUGAACCAGGGCCUCUCCCACUCGGAGGAGGUCAGCCGCAGUGGCCUCAUGGAGGAGAUCAAGACGCCGCCGUCCCGUGCCUCUGUGAGGCGCAGUUCCGGUGCCGCCUCUCAGCAAGCCCCAGUCAGAAACCCAACUGAGUCUCCCAAGCAAGUGACUAAAUGUCCUCCAGCCAGGCCUGUGUCCACCAUGCUGGGAGCUCUACGAGAGACUUGCACUGACCUUGCUUACCAGCUGUGUCUGAACGAAUGGGAUGUAGUGCAGAAGUCCACCCAGCUCAUGAACUCCGCCAAGAACAAGACGAAGGUUCAACUGCUGGAGGAAACACACCAGGUGAGCAAAGACUGCCGGAAGUGCAGCUGCUACUUCCACUGUCGCUACCAGUUGCCGUGCCGGCACAUCUUGUCUGUGCUUCAUGCUAAUCGGCAGGUGGUAGAGGAAGCUAUGGUUUGCAAGCGCUGGCAGAAGAAAUACCAGCAUCUUUCUGUUUGGGGGGAGAACUUGCCCAAGUACCUGGGGCCUUCUAAAGGCACCCCAGGGGCGGCAGCAGCAGCAGCAGUGCCUGAGGAACGAUGGGACAAAAUCCAGUCCCUCAGCAAGGAACUUGGCAACCUUCUGCUGCAGAGCGAGGGGGAGGAACUAGAGGAGCGUACCUCCACGCUGAAGAUGAUUGUGGAUAUUUGGGCCAAGUCCUGUGAGCUGCGGGAAGAGGAGGAAGAGGAGGCGGAGGGAAAGCACCUUACCAUUCGGAAUGUGGGGGACCUUCCUUUCCUCUGGGUGAAGAAGGAAGAGAUGGAAGUGGAGGCUGCUGCAGUAACUCACGGUGUGUCUGUAGAAGACACCCAGGCCCCUCUGCCUCCUCCACAAGCAGUCUAGCCGCGUUUGGCACCACAACAGCUGAUGGGGCAAACGAUAGCUGUGGCCACCUUUCAUGCCCACAAUGGUUCUUCCUCCAAAAAGAAACUCAGGGUAACUGUGAGCUUCUCUGCAAUAUAACUUAUCCUUCCUAUAUCCCUGUUGGGAAUACUUCCAAUCAGUCAAGAAUUCAUUCUGUCCAGUAUACUAGUAGAGGCCUGCAUGGCUGAUUCUCUUCCUUUCUCCAGAGUCUCCAGGCAGGCCAGUCACUUGGCCAGGGUCUGAGAUCCUCUAAACAUGCCGUGUACAGCUGCUGGCUUGACAAUCAGGAAGGCUCUGCUGUAUACGGGAGGGCUUGAGCCACAGGACCAUCUGUUCUGGGAUUUCAGUGUGUUUCUUGCCAAACGUGUCUGUUCUUCACGGAAACAAAUACUUCCCGGCUGCUCUCCUGUAACUCGGUCAUGGAAACAGAGCCCGGAACACUUGUGUCCUGGGGCUUAGGGUGGUGGUGAGGGUCUCUGGGCACAAGGCAUGCCAGCAGUGCUGUCUUCAGAUCUUGUUCCACUUGCUCUUUGCCAUGAUGCUCCUAGGGCAGAGGCUGGGCCCUCACUUCCCCAUAGAAAACAAGACCAGAGGUGGGAAUUGUUGCCUUGGAGCUUUUUUCUCGUUUCUGAAGCCUCUGCUAGCAGUGGCUAGUUUUGCUGCUAUGUAUGUAGACCAAAUUAAUUGUUGAAAAUACAGAUGUGUUUCUUUGGUGCUGAA